AUGGAUACUUAUCAAUAUCCACCGUCAUAUCCAGAUUCCGGCAACUCAUCGCCGCGUUCGAGAGAAAUUGAUUUCGAUAAUCCCUCCUCAUGGGAGGAGCAACAGAAUUACAAAGCAAAGUUCAUGUGUAGUUACGGUGGAAAGAUCCAACCACGCAGCCACGACAAUCAACUUUCUUAUAUCGGGGGCGACACCAAAAUACUAGCCGUCGAUCGUAACAUCAAGUUUCAAGCCUUUCUCUCGAAGCUAUCCACUCUCUGCGACGCAAUUCAACAAGAUGUAACGUUCAAGUACCAACUUCCCGGUGAAGAACUCGAUGCUCUUAUCUCCGUUACAACUGAAGAUGAUCUUGAACAUAUGAUGCAUGAGUACGAUCGUCUCUAUCGUCCUUCUUCAAAACCGGUUAGAAUGAGGCUUUUCAUAUUCAUUUCUCCGAAUUCGGGUUUGGUUUCGGUUUCUCAACCCGAUCCACUUAAACCUCAUUCCAACGCUGAUUUUCUCUUUGGUACUCUUGAUAACAAAACCAUAGCUCCACCGUCUCAUCCUCCUUCAUAUGCUGCUGCUGUGAAAUAUCAUGAUCCUGUGGCGGAUCUUGUUGCUCCGGUAACUGAGUAUCCGCCACGUGGAGUUGUUGAUGAGAGUGUUGAGAUUCAGAGGCAGUUACAGCGUUUGCAGGUUUCUGAGACUGAGCAGCAGAAUUUGUAUCGGAGAAGUGUAGAUGGAUUCACCGGAGGUUUUGCUGCUGCUGCUGCUACCGUUGCUCCUGGAGGUGAAUAUUACAUGCAGAAGAUGCCGGAGAAAGUUGCGUCGACGAAUUCUCCAACUGCUGUUCAUCAUCCUGCAGGUUACUGGCCGGAAAAGCAAUUUUCCGGCGAAGGUUUUCCGAUGCCGGGGAUAAAUACUUCCGGUGGUGGGGAUCAGCAUGUUUACAUGAUGCAGCCACCGCCGGGGACAUUCUACCACGCACCUCAGAUGAUGCGUCCACCGACAGCGCAGGUGAGUCAGGGGUAUUACGCUGUGCAGCGAAUGUCUACUGAUGGAUACCGGGAACAGCCGGUAUAUGGCGGCGUUCCGCCUCAGAGCGUGGCGUUUUCGUCUGCGGGUCAGGGGAGUUUGGCACCGGCUCAGCCGGUCAAACCUUCUGCUUAUGCAGAAGGAUAUGGCUUAGUUAGGCCAGCUGGUGUAGCGGAUAAUGCGGGCAGUGGUGGAUAUGCGCAAGUGGCGUAUGAUAGUGCAAGUGGGAGACAUGUUUAUUAUACUGCACCUGGAGGUGUGGUACAUGCGCCGCAGUAUCAAGGGGUUACUCCGGUAUUCAGCAAUGAUAUGAGAACGGCUGCAGUUCCUGUGGGCCAGGAUCCUAAAGUGGUAAACAAAAGUUCACAAGGAUCUGUGUGAUUAUUGUUGCUGUGAUUAAUUAUGUUAAUUUUGAAAUACUAAUAUGCCAAUAAAUGUUGUUUUUCUUA